GGCAACUGCUCCAAUUGCGCGUCGUUUCAGGCUACCCAGUUGCGAGGGUGAGGAAUAAAAUGAGUUGUGGAGUGCUAUGUCACUAUGACAAUGGGAGUCGGAUUAAAAUAUAUAAGCCUACAGUUGGUGGCGGUAAUGCGCCAAAAUAUUGCGAAGUCUGCCAUUACACACUAUAGAAGAAGAGGAGCUGAAGUCCACCGACGUUUGACAGAAGCUGGGCAGAGGAACAUGGCUAGCAAGGCAGAAAACGGGAAGGAGUACGAGGCAAUUCGUGAUGAUGUGAAGGAGUACUAUGGGAAGAGGCUGAAGAGCACAGCGGACCUGAAGAGCAACGCCUGUGUGCCCUCUGCUAAGCCCAUCCCUGUCCACAUCAGAAACGCACUGAAGGAGGUCCACCCUGAUGUCAUAGCCAGGUACUAUGGGUGUGGGCUGGUGGUGCCGGAGUGCCUGGAGGACUGCAGAGUGCUGGACCUGGGCAGUGGCACCGGGCGCGACUGCUACAUGCUGAGCCGCCUGGUGGGGGAGAAGGGCCACAUCACGGGCAUUGACAUGACCGACGACCAGCUGAACGUGGCUCGCAAGUACAUAGAUUACCACACAGAGAAGUUUGGCCACAAGAAAGCCAACGUGGACUUUGUUCAGGGAUACAUCGAGGCUCUGCAGGAGGCAGGACUGAAGGAAGGCUCCUUUGAUAUCAUAAUAUCAAACUGUGUGGUGAACCUGUCCCCGGACAAGACCAAGGUCCUGAGAGAAGCCUAUCGAGUACUGAAGGAUGGAGGAGAGCUGUACUUCAGUGACGUGUACAGCAGCAGCAGACUGCCUGAAGACAUUACUUCUCACAAGGUGCUGUGGGGGGAGUGUCUGGGGGGAGCGCUGUGGUGGGAGGACCUGAUCAGCAAGGCCCAGGAGGUGGGCUUCAGCACCCCAAGACUGGUCACCGCCGCCAUCAUCACCGUGGACAACCCAGAACUGGAGAAGCUACUGGAGGGGUAUAGAUUUGUGUCAGCCACGUACCGGCUCUUCAAGGUGCCCAAAUGUUCCUCUGAAGAGAAAAGCCUGGUCAUAUAUGACGGCAACAUCACAGGCUCAGAGAAGACACUGGAGUUUGAUGCUCAGCAUACAUUUAAGGUGGAUGAGGUGAUGGAGGUGAGUGCAGAGCUGGCCAACAUCCUGAAGUGCUCCCGGUUUGCCUCCGAGUUCACCUUCCAGCCCACCGGGGGUCCCGGCAGCCCUUGCUGUGCCAAGCCACAGGCUGUGUCCUCAAAUCCUUUCAAGCUGGUGGAGCAGGUGGGCACUGCAACUCCGUCUUCGAACACCGGGGGGUGCUGUAGCUCACAGGAGUCCUGCUGCAAGUGAGGGGACCACCAUGCAUGGCAGCAACAGUUGACGGACAAGAAGACAUUGUAAAAGCAAGAGAGCUUUAAUUCAGUCUUAUUGAUUUGCAAUGUAUGAAGUUUUAUUGAUAACUAAUCUGCGACACUGUGCUGUGGUAUACAGGAGUCGCGCUGCUAGGGACGGAAUGAUGCAACAGUUUAGGGAGAAGACGUUAAAAAAUGUCUUAAAUUCAGUGUUCUUGAUUUACAAGGUGUGAAAUUCAAAUAAUUAUGUUCUGUGACAUUUCUGGAAAAAAAGAAAUUUUGGAUCGCUUAAGCCAAUAAGCUUUUGCAGUCUUGGGGACGUAUAAUAACCUAUGUCGUCCACUGUACAGUAAAUUACAUUACGUCACAUAACACUGACGCUUAUAUCCAAAGUGACUUACAGGUAUUGUUUUUCAGGGUACUGGUUACAGUCCCUGGAGCAAUGUGGUGUUAGAUGCCUUGCUCAAGGGCACUUAAGCCAUGGAUGGAGGUUUAGGGAAAGGUCAGGUGGGAUUUGAACCCACAACCCCCACAUUAAAAGAACCCAACUCCCUAACCACUAGACCAUAGUUGCCAUCCAUAUAUCAAUGAUGGAUGAUGAAGUGUUUGAACUCCAACUUACUUAAUGUCAUGGCAGCCAAACGACAACAUAAAUAAUACAAUUACCGACUCCAUGAAUUGAUCCGGCCAUGUACGUACUGUAAUCGGUCAACAGCUUUUAUGAUGGCCUAGUAGAACGUCACAGCCACAGAUGUGAGCCAGAUGUACAACAUGAUGUCAACUGAGACUAGUAGAGAGAUAAGGGUGAAAUUAGGGUGUCGGCUUGCAAAAUUACACAAAUUCUCAUUAUUGUACAGCACAUUGCAGUAAACAUAUAGUACACACUUGAGUACAACAAUCAGCCUUACAGCAGUUCAAAUGCAUACAUACACACACACACACACGUACGCACACACACAGAUUAAAAGUCUUGCUAGGGUAGUGUGUUGCACACAUAAAAAAAAUUAACAAGAUACUCAGAAGUCGUGGUUGAUUGUCCUGCCUGAUGAAGGUCUAAGGACCGAAAGCUUGCAAGUCAAGUAAAGUUUCUUUGCACAAAAAUAGACCUGAAGUGUGCGGAUUGUCUUAUUUUUAUACAUGAUUGUCCUGCAUUAAAAAAAAACUUAGUGGAAGAAAAGAAUGUCCAAGGUCGUACAAAUGCAUAGUACACUAUGCACCUCGUCCAGCAUUUGUUGACUCUAUGAACACCUUUGAUCAGGGAUGAGCAUUGUUUUGGCCCAAGGGCCACAUUGGUUUUAUUAACCAAAGGGCCGAAUAUCACAGGCAACUUGCCUGUAUUCAUAAUAAGACAUAAUGUACUGUAUGUGCUGACAUAGAUCCUGGCCAUUACGUUCCUUUCCUAUAGGCCUACUUAUAAUGAAAUGUAUUUAGUUGAAUCAAAACAGUGGCCCGUGUAUUUGGUUAAUGUCAAGCCAACAAUAUCCCUAUAUUUGGUGGCCAUUAUAAGAAUGUUUUCAAGAAUGGAAAUCACUUUGGAUUUUAAAACUUUUCUUGUGAAGGCCCUGGGGGUUUCAGAGAGUUCCCCCAAGUAUGUCUUUGGUUGUAUACUGACUAUUUUGCAAGUAAUCUGCACUUGAUAAACAAGGUGUAAAUUACCUCUCCACAAUCCUGUGCUUGCCUGCCUUUUAUAUCUGGAAGUAUUAUCCGUGAAGCUUUAAAUUAAUAAAAUAAACAUGUCUGAACCGCA